UCUUGGCCCAAGUUUGUUGUUAAUCAGUCAGUAGUGAGUGGAGGAGCAUCGUUUGUACAUUGUAUUUAAAAACGAUCACGCAUUGUGUGGAAAACCAUUCUUUCUUCUUACUUGUACUUCAUGGCUAUGCAGCAGAAUAGUCAACAGCAGCAGCAACAACAACAUCAAACACAAAGAGCUUCCGCACAAUCAACAUCAGCUGCUGCUGGUGCAGUGGCAACAACACAUUUUACCAAUACUGCUAAAUUACCAAUAGAAACAGUUAAGUUGUUGAUUGGAUCAGUAUCACGUAGACCCAAUCUAUGGAUUCGGACUAAUAAUGGUCAAAAAAGAUCCGAUAUAAAUGCAUUGUGGCAACAAGUUAGUCAAGAGGUUCAUCUGCCAGCUGAUAUUUGUCGAAUUAAAUGGGGCCAUUUGCGUGAUAAUUUUCGGAAAGUGUUCAUACGAAAUACCAUUUCAGCUGAACCUCCUACAACAUGGCGUUUCUAUAAUGAUAUGCGCUUUAUGGAAGCUGCCGUAGCUGAAAAUGUUAUGCGCCAUCAUAGACUACGUGAACAAUCACUUUACUGGCAGGGACUACACGGUGCCGCAGAACCACGUCACAGCAACUCAACUUCAUUAGCAACAACUCUUAAUGAUAAUAGCGAACGAUCUCUAGAAAAUCAAUUCAAUUUCUCCGAAAUAUCAGCAUUCUUUCAAAAUCACGGUCACAACAAACGUAUUAAAUUAGAAACCUCGGAAUCGGAUACAUCAUUACAUGAUUUGACACAUGUUACGCCACCAAUAAAAUCUUUUUAUCAAAAUAGUAAUGCUUAUGAAAAAUCAAAUAAUCAUACACAUCAUCUGAAUGAAGUCCAAAUCCAUAAUGAUGUUGAUGAAAACAACAUUGAGGACGACGAUGAUGAUGACCAGUUUGAUGAAGAUGCUACUUCCAUAGAGGACAAUUAUCAAAUGUCUAUGAGAAAUGAAAAGUUCUCAAUUGAUAACAAUUCGAAGAUAAAUGUACAAAAUUGCAAUUUAUCUAAAAAGGAAACUAAAGAAGAGGAAAUUUGUAGACACCAUGAUGAGCAGGAUUCAGAUCGUAUGUUUCUAUUGAGUUUGCUACCAUAUUUACGAAAAGUGAAAGAACAGAGGAAACUUCAAGUUCGACAGAAGCUGCAGGAUGUUUUAAUACAAGAAUUUGGUUGAAGGCAACUAUACCCGGUUAGGGGUAAAACAGUGGUACUACAAAUUACCGGAAUUUUAUAAAUUAUUUUGUCCUUACGUCAAUGCAGUAACGACGUUAAUGGAAACAAUUUAAAAUCCUUCUUCGAAGGAUAUUUCUUCACAUGCUUUUAAAAUUUAUAUUAUAUAUAAUAAGAUAUAAUGAAACAUUAGUUUAUAUGAUAAUAUAAGUUAUAAAUUAUUGUUUUUAAAAAAAAUAUGCAGCUAAAAGAUAUUAACUAUAAAAGCAAACUGUAUGUUUAUGUAUACAUACAUACUAUAAUGAGCUGCAUCCUAUAUGGAAAAUUUUUCUAAAUUUUCAAAAAUGGUCUAAAUUCUCUAAUAAAAAUUAUUAACAUACAUAUUAA